UAGCCCUUUGCAGUUUAGAAAAUGAUCAGUUGUAUUUGAACUGUAAAGCGUAAAACAUUCUUGAGAAGCAAAGCGCAGCAAAAGGGUUUGAUUUUGUUUCUCUAAAAUGGCUGCUGUAAAACUGGUAUUAAUUUUAUUAUUGUGUGUCGAAAUACUGCAUGUUAAAGGUAUUCGUACUAAUAAUGAGGAAGAAGAACCAGAAACACUUGAUGCACACAUUGUUUACGAUCAAAGACAAAGUGGCAAAUAUAAUAUUCAUGUUGUUAUUAAAGAUGUGGCGAUUAUAGAAAUGGAUCAAAAUGAAAUUGCUGAUCAAAAUUAUAAUGAUGAUGAAUACUACUAUGAUGAAGAUGAUUUGACUGUAAAACCUUUGAUUACCAAAACCACUACAACAACUAACAAACCUUUAGACACGACAACAACAAAGAAAACUACAAUUUCUGCUACAGAAAAUGAAAGUGUUGUGACAACAGUGUCUACAACAAUUCCCACAACCACAAUUAAGAAUAAAAUUCCUAAUAAUGAGGAACAUUUUAACAUGUAUUCAUUAUUUCCACAGCCAGCAGUUGAUACGAAAUCUCGUAGCAAAAUCGAACCAAUUUAUGCUAUCGAAGAACCUACUAUGUUGCAACCCAGACAUCAAUUGGAUAAUUUUAAUUAUAAAAUGCCAGCACAAUCUAGAGAUGAAUCGAAAUUGUUCAAAAAUUCAAGAAUUUAUAAAGUAAAAGUACGUCGCUCUCAUCACAUUACACCUCAAACAGUGCGUUGUCGCUCAUUUCAAUAUAGAGAUGCUAGGGGUAAUUGCCGUUCAAAGAGAUCUUCAUCUGGAUCAAUACUAAAACGUCUCUUCAGAAUGCUCGUAACGCUGCCAUUUAAUCAGGAUGAACAACAAAUUGAUGAUUAAAUUAUCCACAACAAAAACACAAAAAUAAAUAAAAAACACUUGAUUUUGUAAAACAAACUAAAU